UCGAAAUGUCCCGGCCUGGCGGCUCGUGACACCCGAGUAGAUCGGCGGCGGCGGCGGCGGCGGCGACGAUGCUGAGGGCGCGGGGGGCGGCUGGGGCGCUGCUCCGCCUCGCCUGCACCAGCGCCAGCGCCGGCGUACAGAGGGGUGGUAGCCCUCCGCUCGCGCGCGUGGCGUUCCUCCGCGGCUUCCUGGAUCUCCACAAGAUGGGGAGCAAGGAGGCCAUCGAGAAGGAGAAGGCCAGGCUUACGGAUGAAAUGAGUAGGGGCUACUUCGCGGACAUCUCCGAGAUCCGCAAGAAUGCCGGCAAGAUUGCGAAAGCAAAUAAGAUCAUCAUCCCGGAGGUUGCUGCUGUGAAGUUUCCUGAUCUUGUUGUGGAGUCCCCUGAUGGCGGGGCGCUGCAUCUGCCUCUUGUUGCGUCUCCUCCACAAGAUGAUGAUCCUGAGGCUGGCAAUACGGUGGUUCCUAAUGCGUCAUUGGUUUGCUUCUCCUUUCGUGCAAGCUCACAGAAAAUGGCAGAGUCAUGGAGUCAACCUUUUCUGGAUUCAUUUGGCACUGCCAACAAAAUUCAUGUUUAUGAGGUCUCAUUUAUAGAUUCUUGGCUGUUAUCAUCGAGUCCUGUGAGACGAGUAUUCCUCAAGGUGAUGCGGAAAUCUAACAAUCCGCGAAGACAUGUUGUCUAUGCUUUUGGAGACCACUAUGACUUCCGGAAGAAGCUUCAAAUUCUAAACCUUCUUACAGGAUACAUAUACUUGGUUGAUCGCCUGGGAAGAAUAAGGUGGCAAGGCUUCGGAUCUGCAACACCAGAAGAGUUGUCAUCACUGACGGCAUGCACCUCCAUUUUGUUAGAUGAAAAAUGAGAUGAGGUGGCUACCUAAUUUUUUUUGUAACUUUUGGUGGAAGAAAUUUUGUUUCAUAGUAGCUUUGAAGCUGUUUCUACCUUUUCACUCAGCAUAUUGUGGCAUUUUUUUUUCACCGCAGUUAAUAAGUAUGGGAUGGCUGGUUUUCUGGUGCCCAAUCACACUUUGUAACAACUAACAACAUAGAUUGUUUGAGGGGACAGCAUGGAUUUUCCGGUGUCAAAUGAUUUCCAUGCGUUUUAUGCAACUGUUGUCAGGAACUCAAAUCCUAACUUCCUGCAGUUUAUUAUCA